AUGUUAAUGCGUACUACAGCCGCAUGGAUGCGUCCUCACCUUCGCCUUGUAUCGACCCGACGGUCUUUGCAUGCCGAACCGACACCAUCGCCACCCCCUCCUUCAUCAGCAUUGCCUACACCCUCUCCACUUCAGAAUGGUGAUAUCAACAAGAUUCAUCUCGACAUGUUUUUCGAUCGGUCACUGGUACCUCGGACGGCUCCCUCAUCGCCUCCUGCUCAGCCAAUGAGUUUUACUCGCAAUACAACAACAGCUGCUACAGCCAUCAAUAACGAACUCGUACCUGCUGUACAAGAGGAGCAGCCAUAUCACCACCAAGAUCCCCAUAUGGAAAUGAUAGAUAAUACAACGACAUCUCAUCACUUUGAUACGUACGAGCAGGUCACACAACUUGAAGCAUGGGGAGGAUUUUCACGAAGACAAGCCAAAGCAUUGAUGGAAACCCUUCAACAUUACAUUCGCUUAAGUGUGGCUCGACAACAAGAAACUUUGCUUGCAAGCUCACAAUUGGAAAAUGAGACGUAUCUGAUUAGUGCAGCUGUUGCUGAGUUUCGCCGAGAGGUACAGUUGUUGCGGCGCAAUGACUCUGUACUGCUGCAAUCGGAGCUCACGGCUCUUGGACGCGAAGUGGAUACUCUAGAACAACGGCUCAGUGAAGAUUUGGGAUCCAUGCGAGAUGAAAUUGAACUUUCCAUGAAUGAUUAUCGUUCGGAUGUGCGUGAAGAACAAAAAGUGGCAGAACAUCAUAUCCAAGGCAUCAAUAACCGAUUGACCGUCAUGCUCGGUGAUACGGCAACAGAACUUGAAUCACUUAAAAUGAAUGUUAUUUGGCGUGGUUUAUUGGGCGGCGUGUUGGCAGCAUUAGGGAUUUCAGUGGUGGGCUAUGUAUUAUCAGCCAUCCGUUUACGCAGUUUGGAUCGUCAAUCUCGAGAGAAACGCAAGACACAAGAAAAUGAUUUAUCCUUUGCCGAUAUGGAGAUCUCAUAA